CGCCAAAGUUCCACGGCAGGCUUUUCAAGUCCUCUGUGGCCAUUUCGGCCCGUUUUCUCAGGGAACGCGAUCUUUUCUGGUUUCUCGUCCUUCGCUAGUUUCGAAGCUUCCACGGGAGGGACUCCAUCAACGAACGGCCUCAGCCUCAGCUUUCAAUGAAGGAUGGAUCUAGGAAAGAGGCAGCGAAUCGGGCGUAGAAGGAAUGGGAGGAGAAGAAGGAGGAAAAGGACGAAGAGAAGAAGAGCAGGGGAGGAGAGAGUGAAUAAGGCUUUAUGUAGAGGCCAAACUCGGUGUGGGUGGGAUCAAGGACCUGCUGAUUGACAGCCGGGGCUGAAAAAAUUGCCCCACUUCCUUUCACUCGAAAAUCGCUCCAGGGGCAUCAAGACUCAGUGGGAAUACAUCAAUACUCAGACCGACAUCGGCACAAAUGAGGCAUCUCCUGGCCUUUUUUGGAUGAUUUCUCACGUCAUCUUGACUAAUGGCAGACCGAGCUUUGGAACAUCAUUGGGUCCCAACUCGUAAAGUUCGGGGACAACAUCGACCUUGCCACGUGGAAUAAUCGAGAAAGAGGCAAGAAGUCUCGAACUUUUCUCAAUUGUGGACGCUACUCCAAUUGCUUGAAGACGAUCGUCUUACAUCCGUUCCAGCCUCCAUUUCAGCCUCCCCCGGAAGGAUGGCCUCUCUCACACCUCCACCCCAUUGUCUCCACAAUAUGACCCAUUCAAGGAAGCUAUUUGAGUUGGUCAGUAAUGAGUCUAGCUUUUGGGCCGAGACCUUGGCCGUCUCACCGAAAGAGGCCGGAUGUUACGACAAUUUGGACGAAGGUCAACGCAAACAGUUCCUGAUUUACGAGUCAAUUGUGGGUGGUUAUUGCAAUUGUAUUGUGGGCAUAAUUGGCUUACUAGGCAACGUGCUCAGUUUGGUGGUCCUUGGACAAAAGGAGAUGCAACGAAACAAUUGCUUCAAUAAACUCUUAAUAGCAUUGGUGACGAGCGACUGCUUGCACAUUGGUUUUGGCAUUAUGGAGUCGUUUCGGAACUCUUUUCCGUCGUUGUAUCCUCAAAUCUUGCUGCAAGUGUUCCCUUGGUUCCACUAUCCUCUUUACCGAAUCACGCUUUGUGCCUCUAUUUACAUGGUAAUCGGGGUGGCCAUUGAGCGUUAUUUGGCCGUGUGUUUCCCACACGACUACCAAUCGAUGAGCACUCAGAAGAACAGGGCCCUCUAUUACAUCCUGCCCGCCAUGUUUACGGCACUCUUCAUCAACAUUCCAAGGUUCCUGGAAACGCAAUCCAUCGAGAGAACCUAUUUCUACGAGGACUGCUCCGACAUUCAAGUCAUCGAAGUGGAACCCACGGAGCUUCGCCUGGACCGAGCUUACAUCAUUGCUUACGUGAAUUGGAUCUGGUGCAUUUCCACGGGUAUCUUGCCUUUCGGGGCGUUACUUUUGCUCAAUUUCAAGAUCUUCCGAGGACUCAAGCAAGUCAGACGUAACUUGAACCGUCACCAAAGACUCGCCAAACGAGAAGAGGAACUCGAAGAAGCGGAGGCCACUAAUGGCGUCUCGAAAAAGGCUACCUCUCCUCUCAAUGGAGAUUGCGAAUCCAUUCCGUUGGUGGAACGGAACAAAGUCGGUUCCAAUCACCUUCAAGCAGAAGCCGAGGCCGAGACCGUGUUCACCACCACCAACGGUCAGGUGGAUCCCAAAUCCAAAGAGCAGCUUUCGUUUCGAAAGCGGGCUAAAACGGCCGCUCAAAGACGCCUCCUCUCCGCUGCUCAAUCUCGGGAGGCAAAUAUGGCCGUGAUUUUGGUAUCAACGGUGACCAUGUUCUUGAUUUGCUUGCUGCCGAGGAUGUUCAUUGUCGUGUUCGAGGCGAGCACCGUGAACAAGGCCUUAGACUGUCGGGAUAAGGGUUAUCUGAGUAUCCCUCUCUGGUUUCUCUACAUUCCACCCAUUGCCAGGUUCCUUCAAGUGCUGAACGCAUCCCUGAACUUUCCCAUCUUCUACAUUAUGGGCACUGCUUUUAGGAACGCGCUUCAUGGCCUGCUUCAUCGAGAUCGUCGGUCUUAAUACUCGAUCUGGCUUCAUUGAUGGUCGUCAAAAGCACCCAUAGGAAAUCAAGGCCUUAGUGCCAAACCAGGGAAAGAUAUCCCUUGAAAUAUCUAGUGGAGUUUGCAAAAGAUCUUAACACAUGGCAUUCGAUUGCUGCUACAACAUCUUGUGUCUGGAUCGAGGCCUUUUGUCUGAAAAGAGCCUUUUGAUAAAAUAUCUUUUUUUACUUGCAUUUUGUGUCCAGCUUCAACGAAAUUCUAUUUUCCACCGGAAUCAAGUUUCUCGCCAGUGGGAAGCUACUUUUUCCGCAAAGCAAAUUUCAUCUUCCAACUUGCAAGCUUGGCACUCGAAUUGUUCAAGUUUGGACUCAAAAAGUCCAGACGAGUGUUGGGGGUCGUCUUCUUUGAUUCUCGACGAAGAAGAUUGACCUUUCCGUCUCUUGUGGACAUAUUUAUUAUUAUGCAAUCAACUUCCAAGUACCUUGAAAUGUCUACGCAUACAUUGAAUACAUUGUAGUGAUCUUCAUUUGAUAUUACGUCAUUAUGUCAUACGAGUAAAAGCGUUGUCUAUUUUUGCUUUUUUCCUCUCCGACUAUUUGUGUUCGAAAUAAAUGACCCUGUCAAGAGUCUCUUAGGUUGGCCAUGGCCAAUCUACAAAAAGGAUCUUCAUUCUUGGGUACAAGGAAUUGCGGGUCUAAAUUGUGAA